CCGCCACGAGGCCUUUGGUCCUCCAAGCUCAACCACAUGCUCUCAAAUCGCGCCGCCGUGGUCUUCUGCUAACCAGUCCCUCUUCCACCACGGCGGCCUCCUUCUCCGCCGCCCCCGCCGACAAAUGAGAUGAAACCACUUGUCUUCUUCAAUGGCGAGAAUUCCAAUCCCCUUAUCCCUUCUCCAUCCCCUCCCCAAAUUCCGACUACAACUCCAAACUCCCUCCGUUCUCUUCCUCCUUCCUCGCCCUCUCUCGUCUCUCAUAGACGCUGAUCUGUCGCUGUCUAUCAACCGAAUUCUCGCAGACCCUCAAUGGCGCCAUAGCCCCGAUCUCUCCCGCCUCGCCCUUUCUCUUCAACCUCAUCAAACGCUCGAAAUCCUCCGCUCCCACCCCGAUCCUCUCCGCGCACUGGAUUUUUUUUAUUGCCUUUCUCAGAGGCAUUCUCACAAACACGUUAUCGACUCCUACGCCACCAUCCUCCACCGCAUCGUUCUCGCCGGCCUCUUCGUCCCUGCGCAUAGGCUUAGGAUCCUGAUGAUUAAGUCUUGCGAGACGGAACAAGAAAUUGUUAGUGCAAUCGAUGUGUUGAAGGAUUUGGAUGCGAAGGGUUUCACCCUCGAUGUUUUCUGCUACAAUACGAUUUUGAUUCGGUUGGGUAAGCUGGAUUUGAUCGGCGUUGCCGUCGAUAUUUACCAACAGAUGCUGGGAAGUGGUGUGGAGCCGUCAAUUGUAACUUUCAAUGCUCUGAUCAAUGUUUUGUGCAGGAAUGGGAAGGUGAAGGAGGCGAAUGUGAUAUUGAACAGGGUUUUUCAGUGUGAUCUCCUGCCUGAUACAUUCACUUACACGUCGAUCAUAUUAGGGCACUGCAGGAAUGGAGACCUUUUUUCUGCAUUCAGGGUUUUUUACUACAUGCAGAAGAAGGGCUGUGAGCCUAAUUCUGUGACUUACUCAACUUUAAUCAAUGGGUUGUGUGAUGAAGGGAGGGUGGAUGAGGCUUUGAAUUUGAUGAAGGAGAUGGUGGAGAGAGGCAUCAUGCCGACCGUGUACACCUAUACUCUACCCAUCAAAGUACUGUGCUGUGAUGGGCUUGUGGGAGUGGCCAGCAAUUUGAUUGGAGAUAUGAAGAAGAGGGGAUGCAGACCAAAUGUUCAGACUUAUACUGCGCUUAUCAGUGGUCUUUGCAGAUCAAACAUGAUAGAAUUGGCAAUUGGGUUGUUCAAUAAAAUGGUUUUGGAUGGUUUAGCACCAAAUACAGCAACAUGUAAUGCGUUGAUCAAUGGGCUAUGUGAAAUGGGGAAGGUUCAGUCUUCUUCUAGGGUUUUCAGUUUGAUGGAGAGGCUGGGUUGCUUUCCAAAUACCCAAACAUGCAAUGAAAUAAUCAAAGGACACUGUUUAAUGGAAAGAGUUGACAAAGCAAUGGUGGUUUUACAUAAGAUGCUUAAAUUUGGUCCGUCACCAAACCAGAUAACAUAUAAUACAAUCAUUAAUGGGUAUUGCAAAACUGGUAAUUUGAGUAAUGCGAUGCGAUUGGUGAAUUUUAUGAAGGAGAAUGGCUGCAGUCCUGAUGAGUGGACUUAUACUGAACUCAUAUAUGGAUUUUGCGAAGCAGGGAAGCUGGAUUUGGCAUCUAAGGCAUUUCAGGAGAUGCCGAAAUUAGGUCUGAGACUGAAUGAGAUUACUUACACUGCACUUAUUGAUGGUUAUUGUAAGAACAAGAAGCUGGAUGCUGCAUUGUUGUUGGUAGAGGGGAUGGAGGGAAAUGGUUGCAAUCCAAAUGUGCAGACCUAUAAUACUAUGAUUAAUGGGUUCUCAAAGGAAAAUAGACUCACAGAAGCCGAGAAAUUGUUCAAUCAAAUGCUCGAGCGAAAUCUGUGGCCUAAUGUUGUUACAUACACAUCCUUGGUAGAUGGAUUCUGCAGAAAUGGUUCUACUUCUCGUGGACUCAAAAUCAUGGAUGAAAUGAUGAAGCAGGGUUGUGCUCCCAAUCUCCACACCUAUAAUGUUCUAAUUUCUGGCUUGCUACGAGAAGGCAAUAUUAAUGAGGCUGAGCAAAUGUUUGAAGGAUUGGAAGAAAAUGGGUUAGCACCUGAUCGUGUAACGUUCACUUCAUUGAUGGAUGGCUAUGUUAUGUUAGGUAGGCUGGAUCUUGCUUUUUCACUUAUGAAGCGAAUGGUUGAUGCUGGGUGUAGAGCAAAUUAUGGAACCUAUGCUGUUCUAAGGAAAGGAUUACAGAAUGAACGCCAACUAAUGGAGCAAAAAAUUGCAGUUUCAGAAAAUGCAAGCAAUACUUACAGUUUGGCAGAAAAAGAAAUGGAAAUCGACACUGUUUCAAGCUUAUUAAAUAAGCUAGUUGAAUUCGGUUGUGACCUUAACGAUGAUAUUUAUAAUAUUUUGAUUAGUGGUUUGUGUAGAGAAGGGAGGUGGUAUGAGGCAAAUGAGCUAAGUAGAAGCAUGAUCAACCAGGGUUUUCUUCCAAAUGAGGAUACAUUUAAUUCCUUGUUGCUAGUAUUUUCUAAGCAAUUGAUGGUGGAUAAUGCUUUAGAAAUAUUGAAUACAAUGGCUGAAAGUGGAUUUGAACCAUACCUGGUUUGCUACAAGUCAUUAAUCUGUGCUCUCUGUAAAGUGGAGCGGAUUGAAGAUGCUCAACAUCUAUUUGAAGGCAUGCUUCUGCAGGAGUGGAAUCCGGAUGAGAUUGUGUGGACAGUCCUCAUUGAUGGCCUGGUGAAGGAAGGAAAAUCAGAUUUUUGCAUGAAACUUCUUCAUGUUAUGGAAGCUAGGGCUCAUCCCCCCUCUUUCCACACUUAUGCUAUUUUAGAUAAUGAACUUUCUAAAGAAGAGAGCUAUGCUGACCGAAUUCAUGUUGCUGAUACAUUAAAGAUCUGAAAACUUGUCUGGCUUUGAGUUCCUCAUAAGUGGAGGAAGUGCAAAGUAACAGAAAUUUUUAUAGGGAAAAUUCCAUUUUGCUUUAAUGGUGGAAUUCACGAUUCUAAGGCAAAUUGGAUAUGGAUGUUCAAGACCAGAAGAACAGAACUCUCGGCAUGCAACUCAUAAUCUUAUUGGGACUUGGGUAAAAUUCUUUGUUAUAAUAGAUGGACUGAACUGAUGGAUAUCUGGUUGAUCGAUUGUUCUGGUUCUAGCUUCAGUUGAUGCCAUUGAACUGAAACGAUCCAGAUUGACCCACUGGUUUUAUGAAAAAAUGGAAAUUGGUGAUCCGGUAAUUAAUCCAGUGGUUCUCAGACGCCUGAAUUAGAUGAGUGGCUAUACAUCGAGUUCAAGUGGAAAGUCUGAAGAAAGUCAGUAGUCCUAGUGAAGGAACUAUACAUCUUAUUAUUCAGGAAUUCCGAGGACAAAGAUAAGCUUGCAGCCUUCAGGAAAGCUAUUUUGCAGUUAUCGUGAAUAUUUUGAGUCUGAGGACUGAGGAUGGAGGAAAAGGUAAGAAAAUUUUCUUCUGGGAUAUUCUGCCACCAAAAUGCAUCAGGGUAACUUUAAAAUCCUACCAUAUGCCUAAAAAUCAGGAUUUUUGUAUUUAAAAAUUAGGAUGUUAAUAAAUCACUUACCUUUUUUAGACACGUAGUAAAAUUUAAAAAUUAUCCUGAUAUAUUUUACACCAGAAUAUUCUGCUGCAAAUUUUAUCAGGAAGGAAAAAAAAUGCAGUUUUAGGCUACAUUUGAGACGGCUUUCUUACUGCUUAUUGAACUAGUUUUUAAGUUAAAUUUUUUUAAAAAAAGUAAAAACACGGCUUUCUCAUUGAUUCCUGAAGUAGUUUUUUAGUACAAAAUUAAAUUUUUUAUACCAAAAAGCUGCCUUAAGAAGCAGCAAGAAAGCCGCCCAAACUAAACUUUAGUCUUCCCUGAUUCUUUUAGCCCUGGACCUCAUGAUGCUAAGAAUAGAUUUGCCACAGAUAAGUUAACAAGAUCUCCUAAUCUAUUGUUUUGAUGAUAUAGUUCUUAGCACGUGUAUUAUGCUUUCAUAUAUUCAGCUAAUUUUAAUUUAUUUAUAUAUUUUUAUCAUUGAUUGUAAGUGAAAUUUAUUAUUAAAUAAUUUCAUAAUUUAAUAAUGGCUGAUUUUGCCUUCCAUA